AUUUCACAGUUUAAACCACUCGAUUGUGGUCGUCGAUUCAUCAAAUGAGUUUCGAAGAGAAAACUUUCAAAUGGUUGAUGAAUCAGAAGUUCUAUCAUGGAUAUUUGCCAAGAGAAGAUUUGCCAUAUGUGCUCAAAAAGAAAGGAGAUUUUAUUUUCAGAGUUACAGAGAGAACAGUUGGUAAAGAACAAAAGAAGGAUAUUGUUUUGAGCAUAGCUUGGCCUACAGAAUCAGUUGCUAUGAUUGAUACUAAAGACAUUAAAAACUACUUGAUUGAAAGAAGUGCCAAUUCUGUUUGGCUUGAUUUGAAAAUUUCAUUUCAUUCGAUUGAUGCUCUUUAUAAUCAUUAUCGAAAAAAUGAACUUGUCCAUCCAAAUCUUCGAAUCAAACUUGGCCGACCAAUUUGUUUGUUUUUUUGGGAAUUCAAACAUUCACAAAUAAAUCUUAUCAAGAAAGUUGGGAAAGGUGCAUACGGAGAAGUGUUCAAGGGAACGGUCACACGAGGAAAUAAGACAUUUAACGGAGCAAUUAAAGCGAUGCGGAAAGAUUUGGAUGCAGGAAAUGAGAAAAUGAAGGAAGUAAUGGCUGAAGCUCGUCUGAUGAGAAGUCUCAAUCAUCCUAACAUUGUUCGUUGUCGUGGAAUUGCAGUUCUUGAGCAACCUGUGUACAUUGUCAUUGAAUUUAUCAAUGGUGGAGGACUAGACUCAUAUCUCAAAAAGAAUAGUCAAACUCUUACUAUGGAUCAAAAGAACAGGAUGGCAAUUUCAGCUGCAUGGGGAAUCGAGUUUAUGCAUUCUCAUGACAUUAUCCAUCGGGACAUUGCUGCCAGAAAUUGUCUUUAUGACAACAAAAAUCUGGUGAAACUUUCCGAUUUUGGACUUUCGAGGAAAGGAUCAGUGUAUAGGAUGAAGAAGGCAAUGAAGAUGCCUACGAAAUGGCUGGCUCCAGAGUCACUUACAACAUUCACGUUCUCCGGAGCAUCUGAUGUCUACACUUUUGGGGUUUUGCUCUACGAGAUAUACACGUGUCAAGAACCAUAUCUAGCAGUGAAAGCGGGAGAAGCAAAACGGUAUAUUCUCUCUGGAGCAUUCCCCAACUUCACUAAACAGGCUCCACCGGAAUUGAACGAAAUAGUCAAAAAGAGUAUAUAUCAAUUGGAUCCAGCCAAGAGAGACACAAUGAAAGUGAUAGUCAAAAAGUUGGAGACUUGGUUGGAUGUUGAACUUGUUCUUGAUGAGAACGAAAAACCUGAUAUUGAUCCAGAAUCGAAUCGUUUCAAUGGAAAUAUGCCAAUCCGAGUAGAUUCAUCGACAAAGAAGAUGCGCAAUGACACAGUGUGUAUCCCACCACCAGAAACAGCUACAGUUGCGCUUCCAAACUCAUUGCCUCCAAUCACAGUGUCAGCUCGCAGCAAGAACUCGAGAAAAUCCACUCUAAAGAGGAAGAAGAAGAAGACUUCGAAGGACUCCUCGAUGACAACAACUACAACGAAUACAAAUGAGAGCGAGCCGCCUGCUGAUGGUCAAGUAAUUUCAUCGGAAACCAUGUCCGUUGCAAACAAAAUGGUAUCCGAUGCAAAGGGAGGAAGUCCAGAAAUGUUGACUCCGUCACUUGAAGAGUUGAAGCCUUCUUCACAAGAAAAUGAAACAUUUUUGAAUGAGAAAAAUAGUACUGCCAAAAACUAAUCCUCCAGAAUAAAUGUUCCUAUACUUG